AUGGCUUCUCCAGAUGCAGAGAGUGUAGUUCCCGGUUUUGAGCCAAAGUCGACGAAUCCAGGAUCCUUCGACGAAUUACACAGAAAAGCUAAAGAUGUCUUUCCUACCUGCUUUGAAGGAGCCAAAGUUAUGGUCCAAAAAGGGUUGAGCGCUCAUUUCCAAGUUACACAUACACUUUCCAUUUCGGCUAUGAAUACGGGUUAUCGUUUUGGAGCUACUUAUGUUGGUCAAAAUCAAGUCGGACCUCAAGAAGCAUUCCCGAUAUUUUUGGGUGAUACUGAUGUAGCAGGAAAUACUUCUGCCACCAUCAUUCAUCAAUUCGCCCAAAAGUACAGAAUGCGUUUGUUGGGACAAAUCCAACAAGGCAAACUUGCUGGAGCUCAAGGCUCUUUUGAGAGAAGGGGACGUCUUUCCACACUUGGUCUUACCUUUGCAAAUAUUGAUUUGGUUAACGAGAGUGGAAUCCUUGUUGGCCAGUAUUUACGCCGUUUAACUCAAAAGCUUGAUUUAGGAGCUGAGUUAGUUUAUCAGUAUGGAAAGCAAGUUCCAGGAUCUCAAAUUACUGUUCUAUCUUACGUUGGCCGAUACACCACUGAUUUCUGGACAGCAGCAGCCACUUUUGGAGUAACAGGAGCUCAUUUGACAUACUAUCACAAGCAGAACGAAAAUUUAGCUUUUGGAGUGGAAUUCGAGUGUAAUUCUAAUGUUGGAGAGGCUGUUACAACUUUGGCUUAUCAGGCCGAACUUCCCGAGGAAGGAGUGACUAUGCGAUCCAGUAUUGAUACUAACUGGACUGUUAGCGGAGUGUUCGAGAAGAAGCUUAGUCGUCAACUACCCUUCACUCUUGCUUUAUCUGGACUCUAUAGUCAUGUAAAGGCUGCCGGUAAAUUCGGAGUUGGAUUAAUAAUCGGUUAA